UUUGUAUUUUGUUGCAAAGCUAAGGAGCAAGAACCUUAUCUUAACGAGUUACCGUAAAUUAUUUGUAAUUAUAUUUGCGUAUUGUUAGAGAUAAAGUGCAAUACUUAUCUGAUGAGACCCAGUGGUAAAUUUAUUUGCAUUUCUCCCAAGUUGCAUUUUUUUGGUGAAGGUCUCAUUAAUUUCGAUAUUUUGUAAUAAUAGAUACAGAGUACCGUAAGCUGACCGUUUUAAUUUACACCAAUAAAUCUAUAGGAAUGGUAAUGGAGGCUCCGCCAUCACCACAAAGCGUUGGACGUGAAUUCGUCAGACAAUAUUACACCUUGCUAAACAAGGCACCUACCCAUCUCCAUAGGUUCUACAACAAUCAAUCCUCCUUCAUCCAUGGAGGUUUGGAUGCGCCGAACCGCGAGACCAGCCCAGUGAUUGGCCAGAGGCAGAUCCAUAACAAGAUCCAGCAGCUGAACUUCCGCGACUGUCACGCUAAGAUCACUCAGGUGGACUCCCAAGCGACUUUGGACAGCGGGGUAGUUGUCCAGGUAACUGGAGAACUAUCCAACGCUGGACAGCCGAUGCGUCGGUUUACCCAAACUUUCGUCCUGGCAUCGCAAAGUCCCAAGAAGUACUAUGUACACAAUGACAUCUUCCGCUAUCAGGACGAAAUCAUUUCCGACGAGGAAUGCAACGGCGACGUGCGCUCCGAGCCCGAGGAGGAGACCCUAGAGCGGCCGCCCUUGGGCGACCCUCAGCCGCCCUUAGGUCAGGGCGUGGUACCCGCCCCCGGCUUGCCUCCCUUCUACGGAGGAGCUGUACCACCGACCGGAGCUCCCGUACCUCCGCUGGCAGCUCAACCAGCCGCUGCCGCUCCUCAUCAGGCCGCGGUGCCGCCCCAAGCGCACGUGCUGCCCCCGCAGCAACCGCAACUGGUGCAGUCUCCGCAGCCGGCUACCUUGAACGGACAUCCUGAGGAUUUGGGGGGCUUACCAGGCCAACCUUUAAGUGGACAAAUCCCACAGACAGUUCAAGCACCUUUAGGGACUGCUUUGCCCAUUCAACAACAAGGCUUGGGAAAUCAGCCUCUUAAUCCUCCAGUACCUGUCCCAAUUGAAGAACCACCACAAGAAAUCGAGGAACCAUUUGAACCCGUUGAAACCAUCGAUAACAGUUACGUAGAUGUCGCUGAAAUUGAACCCGAACAAGACAUACUACAGGAGCCAGCAUCCAAUGAACCAAAAACUUACGCCAAUCUACUGAAAUCGACAUCGUCAGGACCGGCCCAGUCAUACCAACCUAUAAACUCGUACAGACCACAGUCGCCACCCAACUUGGGAGGAAGGGGGCCUGCGCCCACCAAUGGUAGACCUGAUGGACCACGGCCAGGGGGUCCACCCAGAGGUGGUCCUAUUCAAAACCGUGGACCUAGGAUUAGUGAAGAUAGCGGUUUCGGUACAGACGACAGACGUCGCUCUCAAUCUUCGUCUUUUGGUCCGGCGUCCGACGCCAACCAGCUGUUUUUGGGCAAUUUACCCCACGCGGCCACCGAAGAAGAGUUGCGAGACAUCUUUGCCGAGUUUGGUUUGGUGGUGGACCUGAGGGUGCACAGCAAGCCAUCGCCCUUGGGCUUCAAGCCGGGACAAGGUAGGGCACCGCCCAACUACGGCUUCAUCACCUACGACAGUCAGCAGAGCGUCAGCAACUGUUUGGCAGCUAAACCCAUAUACUACCCGAAGAACGACAUCAACGGCACCAUGCUGAACGUGGAGGAGAAGAAGAACAAGGAACGCGACGGGGGCCGGCCUUCGUACGGUAACAACAGUGGCGGCGGCGGUCGUUUGGGCCAGGAUAACCGACCCAGCGGCGGCAGAGGGGACAUGCAACGAAGAGGCAUGGGUCCGGGAGGUCCCCGCGGCGGCCCCGGCGGUCCCCAGGGCGGCGGCAACCGGCCCCAAGGCGACCGGUACAGAGGCGGCGCUGGCGGCGGGCCCGUGAACCGCGGAGGACCCAACCCGGCUUACAAUCGCCGCUAGGGGGCGCUCAGCGUUUUUUAUUUCUACACACGCGUCGUAUAAUAGACACUCCGCUCGUGCGUUUUGGAGUUACUGUGCGUCGUCGUCCCGUACGGACGCGUACUACCGGACAUCUACCUUUAGGAAGUUCAAUUUUUCUACUUUAGGGGAAUUUUCGGGUGCUUGGUUCUUGUAUGUUCUUGUCUAAGAUUUGAAGGGGUUUACGGUGGGGUAUCGGGCAGUACUUCAAACUGUGGCGCAUAUUAAAUAGAGGGUGUUUCAAGAAACUCAUUCAAUAAAGUUAGCAAUCUGUUUAUAAUUCUUUUUUUUUCGGUAAAAAACGGCAAAAAAAAUACAAGAAAAAUUACGGAAUGGAUAUGGAAUGGAAACGGAAGGUAUAGCGAGAAUCAACCUUUAAUAGUAACACACGCAGAAGACUUUAAGAUAUAUAUUUUGUUUUGAAUAAUUAUCAACUGAAAUUCUUCUCUUCACUUAUUGAUUAUACUGAAUUUUACAAGAAAUUUAUGAAUUAAAACUGCCUAAAUAUUAAAAAAUCAUAUAAAUGUAUUUAUUUUUUUAAAAUGCUGCAGUAUUGAAAAGAAAAACUAAUAUAAAGUUUAAAAAUUUCGAGCAAAAAGGUACUGUCUGGAACUACCCCGAAGGGACGCCACUGUCGAUAACUUUUUUAUAAUUUAUAGAAAAGAAAAUAAAUGUUUCGUUUAUUUGAUAAAACCAAUUCUACCUCAUGAUGCUGCCCAAAAAUUAUUUAUUUCUUUUGUCAUGGAUAACUGCAUAAAGUACCGUAUGAGGAAAAAAAAAACGGCGUCGUGUUACCUUGGAAAUGACGGUCGAUGUUUAUUUUUGGGGUUACUUGACGCUGUUUUUUUUCCUAGAUCAUACGGUAUUUUUUGUUUGCACAUCUACAACGAACUAAGUUUUCGUGUUUUUAUUUUCUAUUAACGGCGAGAAGACAAACGGGAACUAAGCAUUUCGAAGGUUUCAAACUUUUUAACGGAAAUACGCAAGUUAUCAAUACAAUAUCCGGUUUCGUAGUUUUCCUAUUUGCGAGAAAACCAUUUCCUCUGCGUUUUCUCGAAAAGUACUUUAAUACUAAUAAUUUUUCGUUUCGAAGCAAUCCAGAACUACGAUUUGAUACCGUUUGUUUCGGAUAGUACAAUCGAACUACUUUACAGAAAACAUCCUUUUUACGUUUUUAAACAUAAAAAGUAAUCUUAUAAGGAAUAUAUUAAGUUUUUAUUUAAUUUUCGAUCGUGGUACAAAUGAACUACUGUGAAAAAAUUAUAUAUAUUCUGUGGUACAUUAUCUCUAUCUGUCAAAAUAAUUAUUUUUGUCUGAAAUAGUUGUGUCAGUCAUAGUAAGGAAUUAAAUCGUAGUUCGACUGCGAAUUGAUACUGUAUUUGAGUAUCACAGUAGUACAAUUGAACUACUUCAUAUACAUUUCUUUUCCGAGGUCUUUAAAAUUAUCAAGAAUUUUACGAAAUGACUACUUAGUUUAUUUUGAGAACGGUAAAAAUGACCUACAGUCAUAAUAAAAAUUCUUACAUUUCUGUUUAAUUUGUUUUUAUACAGGCCGGGUCAAUUGAACUACUCAAGUUUUGAGGUUGGUACAAACGAACUACUGUAUAGAAAAUUUUGUUUUAUUCUGAAAUUUCAGGAUUUCAUUCUAAAUUGUGAACUGUGAAUAGACACUGUAUUUAGACUAGGACAAUUGAACUACUUUAUAUAGUGUUUUGUCAGGUUUUUAAAUUAACUAAAACUUACAAGGCAGUUUUCUGUUUUUCUUUGACAGUGAUACAAAUGAACUAUUGUAAAAAUUAAUAUUGUUUGAUCAAAUAUGUGUUUUACUUAGGUAAAUUCAAUUGAACUAUUCGAGUUUUUAUGGUGGUACAAACGAACUACUAUACAGAAAAUUUUGUUUUAUUCUGAAAUUUCAGUAUUUCAUUCUAUGUUGUGGACUGUGAAUAGACAAUGUAUUUAGACUAGGACAAUUGAACUACUUUAUAUACUGUUUUUUCAGGUCCUUAAAUUAUUCAAAAACUUACGAGGCAGUUUUCUAUUUUUCUUUGAUAGUGAUACAAAUGAACUAUUGUAAAAAUUAACAUUGAUUAAAAAUGUGUUUUAUUUAGGUAAAUUCGAUUGAACUAUUCGAGUUUUUUAUGGUGGUUCAAACGAACUACUAUAUAAAAAAUCUUAAUUUUUCUAUACAGAAAUUUGAUUGUAUAUUGUGAAUUAUAAAUAAAAACUGUAUUUAGGCUAGGACAAUUGAACUACUUUAUGUCUUAAGGCAUUUUUUGUCAAUUUUAAUCUAACCAGGACGAUUAUACCUAUAUUUUAUGCAUGUAUUAUUCGUUUCACUGUCGGUACCAAUGAACUACAAAAUAUACAGACACGUUUCGAAUGGUAUUAAAUCGUAGUUUUAACAACAAAAAAAUUGUUCUCUGUCAUAAUAACAAAACAGUUAUUAUAACCUUAGUUUUAAUUUUUUAGUGAUUUAAGUGAGUGCCAAUAACGAGGUGGACUUAGGAUUAAAUUGAAGCCGUUUUUUUUUGUUUUUUUUUGUAUCGUGUGAUUGAUGGGAGAUCAAUGGAAGUUAGUAAAGCACUUGUAUGAUUUA